UGAUUUUUUUCCAAAUUGUGUCCAAUCGCUGGCAAUUGAACACAAUGAAGUCGUUUUUAUUUUUAACCCUUAGUGGCAUUAUCCUUAGCCUAUGGAGUCCUGUUGUAUUGGGCUGUCAAAAUCCUUCAACCGUUACCAACACACCCCAAAAAGAUUGGUGGGAAACUGCUCAAUUCUAUCAAAUCUAUCCUCGUUCUUUUAAGGACUCAAAUGGUGAUGGUAUUGGUGAUCUAAAAGGUAUCACAUCUAAACUUGAUUAUCUCAAGGAAAUCGGAGUCACAGCAACAUGGCUCUCACCAAUCUAUAAGUCUCCAAUGGCUGAUUUUGGAUAUGAUAUUGCUGACUUUUUUGACAUACAAGACGAAUAUGGAAACCUGGAUGAUUUCGCGGAACUUAUUAAAGAAGCAAACAGUAAGGGGCUUAAAGUUAUUUUAGAUUUCGUUCCCAAUCAUUCAAGUGAUGAGAACGUCUGGUUCAAGAAGUCGGUUGCUCGGGAGAGAGGUUAUGAAGAUUUCUACGUAUGGCACGAUGGUAAAAAGGAUGCUAAUGGAAACCGAAUACCACCAAACAAUUGGUUGCAAGCUUUUCGAGGAAGUGCCUGGGAAUGGAAUGAACAACGCCAGCAGUACUACCUGCAUCAAUUUGCUGUCAAACAGCCUGAUUUAAAUUAUCGUAAUCCCGAGGUUGUGGCUCAAAUGAAACGUGUGCUCACCUACUGGCUAGAUCGUGGAGUAGCUGGCUUCCGUAUUGAUGCUGUUCCAUGGUGUUUUGAGGUGAAAGCCGAUGAAAAUGGAAACUAUCCUGAUGAGCCACUCUCAGGUUUCACUGACGACAAGGACGACUCUUCAUAUCUUAGGCACAUCUAUACGCAAGACCAGCCUGAAACUGUUGAUAUGGUAUAUCAAUGGCGAAAGCUUCUUGACGAUUAUCAAAGGAUUCAUGGAGGCGAUACAAGAGUGUUGCUUAUUGAAACCUAUUCGGGAUUAGACUAUGUUAUGCAGUUUUAUGGCAACAAAACAACUCAGGGUGCCCAAAUUCCUUUCAACUUCCAGUUUAUUUUGAAUGGUAAUAAGGAUUCCGAACCAAAAAGAUAUGCAGAGAUCAUAAAAAUGUGGCUUGAUAAGAUGCCAGCUGGGAAAACUCCCAAUUGGGUGAUGGGCAAUCACGAUCAGAGAAGAGUUGGAAGUCGUUAUGGCAAGGAACGUAUUGACAUCAUGAAUAUGAUUCAAAUGAUUCUUCCAGGAGUCAGUAUAACUUAUAUGGGUGAAGAAUUGGGUAUGCUUGAUGGUGACAUAACUUGGGAACAAAGUAAAGAUCCAGCAGCUUGUAAUUCAAAUCCACAAAUUUUCCAAAAAUUCACAAGAGAUCCAGCCAGAACACCAUUCCAGUGGGAUACUUCUACAGCAGCUGGAUUUUCAACAAAUCCCAACACAUGGCUGCCAGUCAAUCCCAAUUAUGUAGAUGUUAACGUUCAAAACGAACGAAAUACCAAGAGUCACUUGAAUGUCUAUAAGCAAAUGGUUGAGCUGAGAAAAACAGAUGUCUUGAAAUUCGGUACCAUUCAAUAUGGUAUGGUUGGUAAUGGUGUUUUGGUCAUCAAGAGAACUUAUAAAGGUAAAUCAUACGUCUUAGUAGCAAACAUUCUAGGAACACCUGAUACGGUUAAUCUGAGUUCAAAUACAAGGCUUAAUAUUUCGGGAUCAUUGAGAGUUAAGAUUCCAAGUGUUGAUUCCAUGAAACAAGUCGGUGCGUCUAUUAAUAUAGCUCAAUUAGCAUUGCAGCAAUAUGAGGCAUUAGUACUGGAAUCGUAAUCAAGCUUUGAAGUGUUUGUAUGUACAUAAUUCGCUUUUAAUUUAAUUUGAAGAAUAAUUAAGUUUUGAAAAUAAAAUAAAAUCUUUAAAAAAAA